AUUUGUGUGAGGGCUGUGAUACUGACCGGGUGACAACCUUCGGAGCAGAUAUCCGAGCCAUCAAAGUCUGUGCUUCAAGGUAAUGAAAGCAACUGAAUUAUCGUCACAGCUCGAACACAUGUCAAACCUCUGCAUUAUUAAUACGUUGCCACUCAAUGUCGGCACUCCCUCAGAGAUAACAGUGACUAAACACAGAACGUUGCAUAACAUCCUCGAUUCAGAAAGACCAAGUUUCACAAACAUAGAACAAAACUGCUCUCACCGAUGCGUUUUAGAUCUAACCUUUUACAGCCAGAUUAACAUCGCAUCGGCGCCAAAUAUUGCAUAGAUCGACAUACUCUGCUCUGGUUCUCACCAUGCGUAAAUUGAUCUCAUUAUUCAUUCCAUCCCCAGCACACACGGCAAUACAAAUACAUGAAUUUUCCGACCACUUAUAACUGCUCACCACCAAGUGUGAGUGCAGGUACAGUCUUCUGCCAGUUCUGGAGAAGUAAUUUGCAUUUAGAAUGUACAAAGUGCAUGCCGUUGAUUGUGCAGCUUGAUUAUCACCGCAAACUAAGAUCAAAAAAGUUUUUCUCCAGGUGACAAAUGCAAAUAAUUGUUCAUCAUAGUUUUAGUGAGUGGGCUGGGAUACUGCCCGGGUGCCCAGACCGAAGCAGGUGGUUUUCUUAGGGGGCCACACCCCGAGCCUUUGACCUAAAGGUCUAGUCCACAAGGCAGUGGAGCAUCGUGAGGAGAUGCAGUCCCAUGGAAGCCGGUGACCAAAAGUUGGUUCAUACGCCAUUUGUUCCCGCAGGAUACUGGAGCCCAUGUGCACCAUAGAAUUGGGAUCCGGUUAUAGCGCCGGAAAUUCGCUUUUCGUCCUCUCAUUUUCGUAAACAACACCCCCGCCACGAGAAGGCAGUGAGUAGGACUUCCCUGGCAGAGGCUGUAUACGCGUGGCCGUGUGAGAGUAUUUGGAGAGGGAGGGCGAACCCUCCCCGCUCUCGGCCAUACCAGGGCAUUUGGGGGCCUCCAGGUGACAUCUACACUACAAUUACCUUUUUCUAUCAGAGCUGUUUCUAGAAUACUGCCUUAGGUAUCCAGUGGCACUAGUAAGUCAAUAAUCCGCCGUUGUUAUGCCUAUUGGUGCCAUCAAUAUUACUGAGUCUGGUAAUCGGCGAGUUAAGUUCUGAUCAUGUCGUAAAAGAAAUAACGUUUCUAGCAGUCGUCUGUGUCGCACUGUACGUAUUUCUAAGUUAUCUAUUCAGUGAAGUUAAAGGAGACACAGUAAAAAUAUACCCGAUCAUUUUCCUAGGAUGCCGACAUUUUUCGAAUUCGCGAUAUUUGUGCCAUGCGUCCUGUCCCUGAAAAUCUACGCCCUGACGUUUGGCGCAUAUGUCUGAGGUUGGACACUCAGUCGCAAGCAAUGGCUACAUUUAACGAUGUCUUCGAAUUAGAAAAUCAGUCACAACUUCACGAAGAUUGUGAGUUGGCUUCUGAGGAGUUAUUUAAUCGUCUGACCAAAGAGCAUAGUCUUAAACAGUCAAAAAAUAUUUCUAAUCUAUCAGUGAACAGUGAUAAUGAUGAUUCAGAUUUAGAAGCGUCAUCCCUCAGUAUGUUCCUCCCACCAGCCGCAAAGAUAUCUAGUGAUUUGGAAUCUGUUUUAACGCAUUUCGCUCAGACUUAUUCUUUGAAAUAUAGUUCAAGCAAUGGUUGGGUAUCAAUACUUAAAGUACUUUUCAUUGUCCUGAAACCGGCCAAUCGGUCGGAACUGUAUGCGAGUUUUGUUUCAUUCUAUCAUCGUUUCGUUGCUACGGGAGUAAAUAUUGAUCAAUGUGUAAGUAUAGUUUUCCGUUUGUUGUUGCAAUAUCACGAACCAAAGUUGUGCAGCUUUUUGGAUUCAUUAAAAGUUAGUCCUGAAAGUUACUUCAUACCUUGGAUGUCAAGUCUUUUCGCUGAUUUUAUAUCAGAAAAUGUUAUACCAUCCCUAUGGGAUUUAUAUUUCUUGAAGUCGGACCCUUUGCUUGGGUUCUAUAUUGGUUUACUACUUAUUGUUAAUGCCAAGUCCGUUCUACUUAACCAACAGUUCGAUAAAACUGAGGAUAAUGAAAAUGAUUCAAAUACAAAUAAUUUACUUUCGUAUACUAAUGAUCAGACUUCUUUCGAAAAGGUUAGGAAUUUAAUAAUUAAUCUUCCUAAACCGAUGUGUGUUGGUGAUUUGACAAGUUUAGUUGAUAUUAUCGAAGUGUUCAUCAACAACACGCCGAUUUCUUUCCGGUCUCGAUACCUUCCUAUACUUUUUGGCAACGCUCAAAUUGAGUCAGAACGUUCAGUUUUAUUUGAUGCCUUAUGCAUGCCGAUUACUAUUCAAGAAGUCCUCGAUGCCCAAUCAAUAUGCCUACAAGAUUAUGGUCUUAAUAAUUCGUCUAUUACACUACCAGAUAACCCAUCUGACUCAACAUCUGAUCUUCGCUAUCUCCUUGUUGAUUGUCGUCCUGCAGAGCAAUAUAAUGCUGGUCACUUACCAACUGCUUUUUUCCUGGACUCAUCUCUGAUUAUGUCUGAACCCCUAAAAUUUCAAAAUGCCGUUAAGUUUUUAUUAUCAACUCAAGAACGGUCACUUGCUGCUGGUUCAUAUGCUGUUGGGAAGCAUAUCACAUUUUUAAGCACUGGGAGAAAAGACGAAGAUCAACUAGCUAAUAUGGUUGUAGCUGAGUUUCUCCGGCAAAACACACCAUAUGUCAGUUUGAUUGAAGGUGGUUAUACAGCUUUACAUGAAGUCUUAGGUACUUAUGAAGUUGGUAGGAGUUUAAUUGGUCAUGAACCCACAAUAUGUUUAGGAUGUAUUGAAGGAAAAAAUUUUGUUUCUUCAUCAACUUCUGAUAGUAAAAUGGAGUCAUCAUGUUUAAUAAAUGAAAAAGCAAAAGUACAGCCAGUUAAUUCUUUGAGUGUUGGGUUAUUCUCUAAAUUCUCAAGUGCAAUUUUUAAUACUGGCCGUAGUUUGGAUCAAGUACCGAAACUUUUGAAACUUUCAGGUGUAAGUUCAGUGCCAACAACAACAAUCAAAGCUGAUACAACCCCUACAUACCAACCUGUUCAGAAUAAAGAAACAAAAAAACCCGUUGCUUACAGAAACACAUCAUCUGUAUUCAGUAUUGAUGAUGACUAUGACGAGGAUGAUCUAUGUGAUGACGAAGCCGAAACUAUUACAAACAGUCCCAAUCAUACAGAGAAAGAAGCAAAAAAUGCGACGUUAUCUGAACAGUCAACCUGGUUAAAACGUUUUGUUAAAGCAUCUACACAAGUUGCACCUGACAUGGAUGGAGAUUUCCCCCCUCGAUUUGAUGGUAUGGACAGCUGUGAAGUUGGCGAUUUAAUUGAUACUACCCGGUGGUCUAGACGGCCAGAAGUAAGAGGUGUAUUUAGUACUCGAUUUCUAAGGCCUAAUGGACAAUUAGGCGAUAGUGGUUUACUUGUUUUAGCAGAACGUCAUUUAAUUUUGUUGCGUCAUCCAACUCCUCGACUUCCCAAUCAACUCAUUAACUCUCUUAGUUCUACUUUACAGUCUGUUUUCAACAAAAAGAAUCCAAAAUCAUCUGAAUAUUCGGCUAUUCAAAAACCAACUACAGAUCUCCCAAAAUAUGCUGUUGUUUAUCGAUCGAUUCCUUUAUCUAUGGUGGUGAAAAUCACAUCAAAUCGUCGUUUCCCGGAAUGUAUUACAUUUCACUACUGUCCACAUGACGAAGGUGACAUGCUAAAACUAAACGAUCAAUCAUUAUUUAGCAUGAAAGAUCGAUUAUAUAUCAAUAAAGCAGGUGAAGCAGUGAAAAUGGUAAAAACGGCCAUCUUUACUACUGUUGCACCAUUGGAAACGUAGUAUUACUCAUAUUGCGGUCUUGUUUUAUUACUUUCUUUGUACACUGUGUGUUUUGCACUAAUGAUUUUAUUUAUAUUUUUUCAUGUCAUCUGUCAAUCAGGAAAGUUGGAUUGUGAAAGUAAAUUAAAGUUAUUGUUUUUCGUACAUUUCUCCUAAUUUGAACAAUAACUUUUUGUUUUGAUUACAUAAAACUGUGAUGUUUAGGUGAAAAAUAGUAUCUAGAUAAAAUUUUUUAGUACUAUCCUUUCAAUCACCAAUGCAAUUUCUCAUCAUAUCACUGUAAUUAUAGUUAACCUUACUCACUCUCUUACCUUCAAGGUUAAAGUCUCAUUUUGUUUGUAUUGAAAUGUUUUUUCUUAUUCGGGAUUACCAAACGUGCUAUGCAUUAAUUUUUUGGUUUAAUUUAACUAAUUUUUACGAAACAGAUUAUCAACCAAAUAAAUCUCUCUCUCUCUUUCUAUA